AUUAGAUAAUAAAGUAGUUUAUGAGCCCGCCGAUUUAUAAAUAGUUUUGAAGAGUUUGGUUAAAAGUUGAACUACAAUUUACGUUUACAAAUAAGAGUAAAAUUUAUGGUGCACUAAUAUAUCAUUGCUAAAGUGUUUGCAAGGCUUUAAACAAUAAUGAAGUGAUAAAACAAUCAAAAUCUUCACAAUAUUUGGGCGGCCAAUAAUACGACGCGAACCUGAUAGGUUUGUUUUACUUAAACCAGGAAGUACAAUAUUAAACUGAGAUCAACAUAUUUGAACAAGUGUUCCCUCUGAAUGUUUCGGUGUUAUCCUGUUCCGGAGAUAGCGAAGAAUUUUCAUUACGCUAAUCAAGAAUGUUCUUCAAAAUGAAGUGAACUUGGGAAAAACUCAAGCCUGUACAAGUACCUAUUAGAAGAACGGUCAAUCUUGCAUGCUAAGUUCGGCGCACGUAAAUAUCGAAAAUGAAAAAAUAGCAUGUGUCAGGCUAAGGGAAUGCUGUCAGCCAUAGGUAUUGUUUUCUGUGUGAUCACGGUUGUUGCGGGAAAAUGCUCAGACAAUGCUGAAGUUUGUGAUUAUAUCCAGUGGUCCCAAUGGUCUACGUGCACAAGAACUUGUGGAGGCUCAGGCUUGCAAAGCCGAAAUAGAGUUCUCUGCUGCAAACAGGAAUGGAUUGAUGAUGGAUCAUGUAGAGAUCAAUGCAACAAAUACGACUAUUACGAUUCUCGCUCAUGCGGAGAAGUUUGUCUCAAUAAUGGAAGAAUAAAGACAUCAGGUUAUGGGUGCGACUGUUUGGAUAGGUCAUUCGGAUUCUGCUGCGGACAACUUCUACCUGGAUGCACCCCAUUUCCAACAGAUGUCAUUUUUAUUCUGGAUUCCUCUGCCAGUCAGACAAGAGAUCAAUUUCAAAUUCAACUUGAUUUUGUCAGGAAAUUCGUUGAACAGAUUAACAUAAGCUGGGAAGAAUUUCAGAUAGCCGUCAUAACUUUUUCUACAGACGCGAGAGUCGACAUUAACUUCAACCCAUACAUUAAUAAAGACGCUUUGCUUAACAUGAUAAAAGAAAUAGACUACCGCCCUGGGGCAACAUUUACCGAUAAAGGUUUAAAAGAAGCAAUGGAAGUUGCAAGAAGAAGCGAAAGGCGCGAAGGCAUGGUGACUUUGACUUACGCCUUUGUUCUCACAGACGGGAUGUCAAACAAAAGAAGUGAAACAAGACUAGCAGCUAAGAAUCUUAAGAGUUCUGGUAUAAAAGUAAUAGCAAUAGGAAUUGGAAAAGAAGUUUCACAUCAAGAACUUGUCGACAUUGCUUCUCCGGGAGAUACCUUCAGUCCGUCUUAUGUUUUCUCUGUUGGAGACUUUAAUGCCCUGGCCACCAUACUGAAACGGCUCGUUCACGUAACAUGCAAAGAUUGUAGUACCGUCAAGCACCUAUCGGAUAUUGUAUUUCUUGUAGAUGAAAGUAACGAAAUGAGUGAGAUGGAAUUUCAGAUUUCAGUAGAUGCAAUGACGUCCAUUGUAAAGAGCUGUAAUCACAUAGGUGAACCGGAUGGUCCAGUUUUUGGUUUGGUUCGACUUGGAAACACAAUCGAGACUGUAAUAGAGCCGUCCGGUUACCAGGUUCAGAAUAACCUUCAAGUUAAAUUUCAAAAAUUAAACAGGAGACAGAGUGAAGUUUGCGACAAAAAUCAACAAUGUAGUGGAAGUAAUAUCACGUCAGCAGUUGAUCAUAUACUUCUGAAUUUCUACAGUACAAAAAAGCGUCAGAAUACUAGAAAAUUCCUUGUGGUGCUGUCUAAUGGAAAAUUUGAAAACCAGAACUCCGUCAAAGAAGAGAUUGCAGAAAUCAGUAAAACGUCAGACGUUAAAUUGUUUGUGAUAGGUCCAGGACUUGAUGUAAAUAUGGACGGAUUGUUGUCAUUGGCCAAUGAAGCUAAUCAUGAUUAUGUAAUUCUUGACAGUAAUGACCUGUCAAAACUAGAUGUAAUGCAGUCAGAAUUUUCGUAUAACUCCUGUAAGAAGACAUAAACAUUUAAAACGUUCAGUAACGCACCAGACAAAUAAAUUACUUUUGUUAUCUUUCUAGUGUUUAGGACUUAGUUCUAUGUUAUG